ACGCUCUCAUCUCUAACGAAUACCGGAGCAGUUAUCCCAUCAAACCCUCGUCCGCAUAUACCUUCGUCUCUGGAUGCUACACUUGUUGCUCAACUGGAUGAAAUAUUUACUAAGUUCUUACAACAAGUAUGCUCUGAUUUAAAUGCAAAAGACUCAAAGGGCGAACAAAUUCAUCAAACUCUAAUGGCCAAGAAAAUGCAAAAGCUCGAUGAAUCGCCUGACUUCCGACCAUUUAAGUUCCGUAUUCAAGCGUUUACUAAUGCAUUUUAUGAAGAGUUAUUAAGACAAGGAUAUACAGAAGAUGCAUUGCCACUGAGAAAGGUUAAGAACUACCUUUGGAGUCAACGGUACAUUUCUCGAUUUAACGAAGAUGGUAAGAAAGCCAAGAGUAAGGGUAAUCAUGUAUGGAAUAUUGAAGCAAAGAAGACACCGACAGGUGGAUGGGUUUUCAGAGAAUUUAAACGCAAAAUUGUGGGUGUGCCGGAUAAAUAUGCGUAUGUGGGCGUACCAUAUGCUUAUGCUCCCAGGGUAUGGGAUCCUCAGGUCAAUGCUAAAUCGAUCAAAGCUGUAUUUGCGUUCGAAGGUCUCCCUGAUUGGUUGCAUGCGGAUAACAAUGUUAUUUCAGGAACUCCUGCUCUAAAUUCUCAAAGCGCAGCAAUAAAAGUGUCAGCAAGUUAUCAUCAUAGCGGUGUAGUUAUUACACUGGAGAAGGAAUUUUAUAUACAAGUGACGGUGGAACAAUCAGCGCAACAAGAACCGGAUCUUAAUCCUAUGAUGAAUCCUGUGGCUAUGGCGGAUUAUCAACUGCAACCGCAUCUCGGUUGA